AUGAACAGACAAGUCUGCAAGAAGUCUUUCAGUAGUGGCAGCCAGGGCUUCUCUGGCCGCUCCGCCGUGGUCUCCGGCAGCAGCAGGAUGAGCUGCGUGGCCCGCUCUGGGGGAGCCAGCGGAGGGGCCUGUGGCUUCCGGAGUGGAGGCGGUGGCUUUGGAAGCCACAGCCUCUACAACCUGGGUGGCAACAAGAGCAUCUGCAUGAGUGUCGCAGCUGGUGGCUCCCGGGCUGGUGGCUUUGGCGGAGGACGUAGCCUCUGUGGAGGUGGCUAUGGGGGUGGCUAUGGAGCUGGCUUUGGGGGUGGUUUUGGUGGCGGCAGGGGAGUAGGAGGUGGCUUUGGGGGAGCUGGGGGCUUUGGAGGAGCUGGUGGCUUUGGCGGUCCUGGUGGGUUUGGUGGUCCUGGUGGCUUUGGUGGCCCUGGUGGCUUUGGCCCUGGUGGCUUUCCUGGAGGCAUCCAAGAAGUGACUGUCAACCAGAGCCUUCUGCAGCCCCUCAAUGUGGAAAUCGACCCCCAGAUCGGGCAAGUCAAGGCCCAGGAGCGCGAGCAGAUCAAGACCCUCAACAACAAGUUUGCCUCCUUCAUCGACAAGGUGCGGUUCCUGGAGCAGCAAAACAAGGUCCUGGAGACCAAGUGGAACCUGCUGCAGCAGCAGGGCUCAGGAUCCGGCUCAGGCCCCAACAACCUAGAACCCCUCUUUGAAUCCUACAUCAGCUACCUGCGCCGGCAGUUGGAUUUGCUUCUGGGGGAGAGAGGGAACCUGGAUGGAGAGCUGAGGAACGUGCAGGACCUGGUGGAAGACUUCAAAAAGAAGUAUGAAGACGAGAUCAACAAACGCACUGCAGCAGAAAAUGAGUUUGUGGGACUCAAGAAGGAUGUGGACGCAGCUUACAUGAACAAGGUGAAUCUGCAGGCCCAAGUGGACAGUCUCUCAGAUGAACUCAACUUCCUGAAGACGCUCUACGAGACGGAGCUGUCCCAGAUGCAAAGACACAUCAGCGACACGUCCGUGGUGCUGUCCAUGGACAACAACCGCUGCCUGGACCUCGACAGCAUCAUCGCUGAGGUCAAGGCCCAGUACGAGGACAUUGCUCAGAGGAGCAAGGCUGAGGCCGAGGGCCUGUACCAGACCAAGCUUGGGGAGCUGCAGACCACGGCCGGCAGGCACGGCGAUGACCUGAGAAACACCAAGAGCGAGAUCAUGGAGCUCAACAGGAUGAUCCAGAGGCUGCGGGCCGAGAUCGAGAACGUCAAGAAGCAGAACGCUAACCUCCAGGCAGCCAUUGGGGAAGCCGAGCAGCGCGGGGAGCUGGCCCUCAAGGACGCCAAUGCCAAGCUCCAGGACCUGCAGGACGCCCUGCAGAAGGCCAAGGAUGACCUGGCCCGGCUGCUGCGGGACUACCAGGAGCUGAUGAACGUCAAGCUGGCCCUGGACGUGGAGAUCGCCACCUACAGGAAGCUGCUGGAGGGCGAGGAGUGCAGGAUGUCUGGGGAAUGUCAGAGCGCUGUGAGCAUCUCGGUGGUCAGCAGCGUCAGCAGCACGAGCAGCAGCCGUGGCGGUUACGGAGGGCUUGGUGGCAGCGGCAGCGGCGGCUAUGGGGGCCUCAGUGGCGGCGGCAGCAGCAGAGGCCGCAGCGGUGGCUACGGGGCAGCGAGCGGUGGCAGUGGCCAUGGCGGGGUCACGGGCAGCAGUGGAAGCUACCAGAGCAGCGGCGGCAGCGGGAGCCGGCUGGGCGGCGGAGGCAGCAGCUCAGUGAGCCAAAGCAGCUCAAGCAGCGUCCAGACCUCUGGAGGCAGCAGCGGCUACAAGUCCGGCGGUGGAAGCAGCAUCGGCGUCCGCUUCUCCCAGGCCACCAGCUCGAGCCAGCAUGCCUCCAAGUGA